AUGGACGGCGGGCACUUCGCAAGCAGACCCACACAGUUUGACCGCAAUGGCGACCCCAUCAUCAACACGGGAUACGACGUCUCACGCUACCUCAUCUCGCUGCGAGACGAUGGAGAUGAGGCGCUCACGCUGCGUUCCUGGGUGCUUGGCAUCCUCCUCGGGCUCGCGAAUAAUCUACUAGGCGCACUGUUCAAAGCCAAGCCCACUUCGGCAUCAUUCACGGACAUCUUUAAUAUGCUGCUGCUCUACAUCAUGGGCUGCACCUGGGCCUUUGUCCUUCCAACCGCCGAAUCGUUCCACCAAGAAGGCAAGGCGUGGGACAAUAUUCGUCGCGUCAUACGCGUUGUCAACCCGUCCAAGACAUUCGGUCUCAAAGAGCACGCCAUCUCUCUGAUCAUCGCCUCAAUUGGAUUCCUCGGCGGAUACGCCGUCGACGCCCUCGCCACGGCUAAGCUCUUCUUCAAUGCUCACCUCAAUCCGGCGACGGUGAUCCUCGGGCUUUUCUCACUGUCGACAAUUGGCCUGGGCCUCGUUGGCGUUCUCGCCCCAGCCAUUGUCUAUCCCAGCGAGCUGGUCUACUGGAAUGGCAUCCCAACCUGCCACGGGUUCCAGGCCCUUCACUACUCGAAGGGCGAUCAGGUUGACCGACGGCGCAAGACGUUUGGCUGGUGUCUUCUAGCCGCCUUUACGUGGGAAUUCGUCCCUGCCUAUAUGGCGCCCUGGCUGAACGGUAUCAGUAUCCCCUGCCUGGCGUCCAUGCACGCCUCGGAAAACAGGCGCAAGACGAUCAGCCGCAUCUUUGGAGGAGCUAGCGCAAAUCAGGGGCUGGGCCUCUUCAGCAUCUCCCUAGACCCGCAGUACGUGCCAUUUUCUACAUUCGCGGGCUCGCCGACCAAGUUCCUCAUCCCCUACUUCUCCGGCGCAAUUCUGGGCGCGUUCAUCCUCAUUGCACUCUACCAGACCAACGUGUGGAAUGCCAAGGCCUACCCCUUUAUGAGCUCAACCCUUUACACGGCCACGGGAGACGCGUGGGACCAGAAUGCAGUCUUUGAUCCGCAAUACAGGCUGAACGAGACCGGUCUGGCCGAGCAAGGCCUGCCGCGCAUGGCAGUCAGCGAGGCUUUCUCCAUCAAGACAACUGCUCUCGGCUUAGGCGCUCUCAUCGCUCAUGUGCUCCUAUUCCUGUCCAAGACGGUCAUUGAGGACUUUCGCCGCGUCAGGAAUGGCUCGCUGGACGACCCACACUACCAGGCCAUGAAGAAGUACAAGGCCGUACCCCAGAAGGUCUGGCUGCUGUUCAUGGCGCUCGGCGUUCCUGCAGCCUUUGUGACCAUCUACGUAGGGCACACCACCCUUCCUUGGUGGGGAUUGGUCGUAGCCUUGGUCUUCGGAGUUUUGAUGACGCCCAUCUCUCUGAGCAUAUACGGACGCUUCGGUUCGGCAGUGCCGACGAUGAUGAUAAGCAAGAUGAUCUCCGGAGCCUGCCACCCUGAUCACCCUGUGGCCAAUCUGUGGUUCGCUCUAUACUCACACAACAUCGUUGAAGUGUCGGGUACCGUAGCUGGCUAUCUCAAGCUCGGGCAGUAUCUCAAGCUGCCCCCGAGGCUGAAUUUGGCUGCUCAGCUCACAAGCGUCCUGCUUGGCGCCUUCACGCAAUGGAUCAUGACAAGCUCCAUCAUCGAUCGGCACGCGGAUAUCCUACGAGAUCCACAAGGUGACGCCUACUGGUUUGGAGGCUUGUGGCAGGACGCAAACGUGGAAGCGACGGAGUGGAGUAUGGCCUCUAGAGUCUUUGCAGUCAGCUCUGGUACCGACUAUGAGUGGCUGCCGCUAGGCAUCAUGAUUGGCGCCUGCUUCCCUCUCGCCCACUGGUUGCUCACCAAGCGCGUCAAAUUCAUUCGCGACUUGGGUGACUUGAUCAACCUGCCGAUCUUCCUAUAUUACCUGGCAACGCUCAGUGGCGGCGUAAACUCCGCGUUCUUCAGCUCCAUGCUCCUAGCUUACGCCUCUCAACACUGGCUCCGCACUCAUCGGCCCAAGUGGUUCAUCGAGUUCAACUACCUUAUCGCUGCUGGCGUCGACGGUGGAGUUGCUAUCAUGGUCUUCUUGCUGGCCUUUGCGGUUCAAGGCGCAAUGGGAGUAGCCCACCCUUUCCCAACUUGGUUUGGCAACCCUGCCGCACCGGAAGCCCCAGACCACUGCCUGCGUGGGGAUGCGUGAAGGAGAGGAUGAGUUGAAUGAGUGCAUUACGGCGAGGUGAACCGUACAGUUUCAGAAGACAACCUUGAUCUCCACCGUCUCAUCCUCUGCUCUUGCCUGCUUCUCCUUUCUCACCGUCUAUCGUUCCGUGCGUUUAAGAGUCCUUUCCCUAGUG